AUGUUUUGACAUUAGUUUAAUAUGGCGGUAUUUUUUAGUGUUAGUGCAUGGUAACAGUAUCGCGUUCUUUAAUAUUUUUGUGUGAUUAAUUGAAAUUUUGUUGCCAAUGAAUUAUGGAGGCUGGUGCGAGUACCGGUACUCGUACAACGCGAUUUAUGAUGGAGGGUGUCGGAGCCCGAGUCAUCCGUGGACCCGAAUGGAAGUGGGGUAAACAGGAUGGAGGAGAAGGUCAUGUAGGAACUGUUAGAAAUUUUGAAUCUCCAGAAGAAGUAGUUGUCGUUUGGGAUAAUGGUACAGCAGCUAAUUAUCGUUGUUCUGGUGCAUUUGAUCUUCGAAUUUUGGAUUCAGCUCCGACUGGCGUGAAACAUGAUGGAACAAUGUGUGAUACGUGCAGACAACAACCAAUUUUUGGAAUUCGUUGGAAAUGUGCAGAAUGUGGGAAUUAUGACCUUUGUUCUAUUUGUUAUCAUGGAGACAAGCAUCAUUUAAGACAUAGAUUUUAUCGUAUAGCAACACCUGGAAGUGAAAGAGUAUUAUUGGAGCCACGACGUAAAAGCAAAAAGAUUGCAAUUCGUGGUAUAUUUCCUGGUGCCAGAGUUGUAAGAGGUGUUGAUUGGCAGUGGGAAGAUCAAGAUGGUGGAAAUGGUCGAAGAGGUAAAGUUAAUGAAAUUCAAGAUUGGUCUGCAGCUAGUCCACGUUCAGCAGCCUAUGUUAUAUGGGAUAAUGGUGCCAAAAAUUUGUAUCGUGUUGGUUUUGAAGGAAUGGCGGAUUUAAAAGUUGUUAAUGAUGCUAAAGGCCAAACAGUUUACAGAUAUCAUUUACCACUAUUAGGUGAACAGGGUCCAGGUCGCACUGGCGCCCAUGGAUUACAAAUUGGAGAUCAGGUUAAUGUUGAUUUAGAAUUAGAAAUCGUACAAUCGUUACAACACGGGCAUGGUGGUUGGACGGAUGGUAUGUUUGAGUGUCUUGGUACUACAGGGACUGUUGUUGGUAUUGAUGAAGAUCACGAUAUUGUUGUGUCCUACCCAAGUGGAAAUCGAUGGACCUUCAACCCUGCUGUAUUGACAAAAGUACAAAUACCAGUCCCCGUUACUAGUUCAAGUUCUGACAACCAAACAUUUGCGGUCGGUGAUUUGGUACAAAUAUGUAACGAUAUAGAAAAAAUACAACGACUUCAACGAGGUCAUGGUGAAUGGGCCGAAGCAAUGGCACCGACUAUGGGAAAGAUUGGUAGAGUUUUGCAAAUUUAUCACGAUGGGGAUUUAAAAGUAGAAGUUUGUAGUACAUCUUGGACAUAUAAUCCUCAAGCAGUUACCAAAGUUGCAAGUAGCGAUGGUAGUGUACCAGGAAAUAGCAGUGGGGAACGUCUAUCAGCGUUGCUAAAAAAAUUGUUUGAAACGCAUGUUUCGAGCGAUGUUAAUGAAGAGUUAGUAAAAACCGCUGCGAAUGGUGAUGCAGUUAAAUGCGAAGAAUGUUUAAAGAGACCUGAAGCUGAUGUGAAUGGCGUAUUUUCGGGUCAUACUGCUUUACAAGCAGCAAGUCAAAAUGGUCAUCUAGAAGUUAUUAAAAUUCUCCUCCGUUAUAAAGCAGAUGUUGAAAUUGAGGAUAAAGAUGGAGAUAGAGCUGUACAUCAUGCAGCAUUCGGAGAUGAACCGGGCGUAAUGGCAUUAUUAGCUGGUGCUGGAGCUGAUUUGAAUGCUAGAAAUAAAAGACGCCAAACUGCCCUCCACAUCGCGGUUAAUAAAGGACAUGCCGGUGUAGUGCGCACGUUAUUGGAGUUGGGAUGCCACCCAAGUUUACAGGACUCCGAAGGUGACACUCCCCUUCACGAUGCGAUCUCUAAGAAACGGGAUGACAUGUUGGCUCUGUUGUUGGACCAUGCCGCAGACAUCACCCUCACGAACAACAAUGGCUUCAACGCUCUGCACCACGCUGCUCUUCGUGGAAACCCAAGGUAAGACAUUCAUACAAAGGUAGACUAAAUUCCAAGCAUAAUUACUACAAUUUGAAUGUGGUAAGUCAUUUUAAUAUUCAAUUAAGUUCUCAACACUGUUACUGAGUUCAGUAUGACUUUACUAGUCGUAACAAAAAAAAAAAAACAAAAAAAAAAAAAUUGACAUUCUAAAUACAUUUUAAACUUAAUUGGCUUCUUUCUCGAUAAACAUCUACUUUCUAAUACUUAUUUCAAUCGAUCGUAUUCGAAUCCAUUUCCUAAAGCUUCAUUCUUUUGAUAAUUAAUCAAUUUUCGUAAGAUUCCUUUCAAAAUUUUCCAUUGAAAUUUUUAUUUAACUUCUAUGUAUAUACGUAUGAAUGUAGUACAAAUUUUACUGUAUUAAUAUUCAUCGAAAUUGUUCAAACUCUUUAAAUUCUGCGCUCUUACAAAAACCAAAAGUGUCACGUAAAAGACCUAUUAAAGAGAAAUUCUCUUUGUAGUUCGUGUUAUUUACAAAAACAUUACAAUUAGCAAAAGCCAUUACACCAAACUUCUAACAAUAGCCACACUUUAUGUCAGUAAACUCUCAUAAAUUCUCACGUAAUUACUUUCCUUUAGUUCUAAGAAGCAGACGCGUUAUAAAACGAAAGCAAGAAAAAAAAAAAGAAAGAAAGAAA